GACUGCCCACUGAAUGCCUAUAAGAUACCAUGUAAAGUUCCCUUUAAUCAGACUUGAUGACUGCAGCUACCAACAGCUUGUGUUCUCAAUAAAGAAUCCUACUCUGUAAAUGCAUCUAUAAAUCUGCGAGUGCAUCAGUUCAGAAGCUUAGAGAGAAAAUGGCUGUAAUCGAGUCACUUCUGCAGUUUCUCAGCACAGGUACAUUACUGGGCGCGUUGCUGUUGCUUCUGGUUUUGUUUUUGCUUUCCACUGGAUCCAGAUCUCAGAAAGAGGGGAAAGAGCCACCGGGACCCAAACCUCUGCCGCUGCUGGGGAACCUGCUGACCCUUGACCUCAAGAGACCCUUUGACAACUUUUUUGAACUGUCCAAAACCUAUGGAAACGUAUUCCAAGUGUUUUUGGGUCCCAGGAAAACUGUGGUCUUAGUUGGGUACAAAACUGUCAAAGAAGCUCUCGUGAACUAUGGAGAAGAGUUCGGCGACCGAAAAAUUGAACCUGGUUUCACGAUCACGCACAAUGACCAUGGAGUCCUCUUUUCCAAUGGAGAGAACUGGAGAGAGAUGCGACGCUUCGCUCUCAGCAACCUGCGGGACUUCGGGAUGGGCAAGAGAGGAAGUGAAGAGAAAAUCAUAGAGGAAAUUCAGUAUCUGAAAGGAGAGUUUGAUAAGUUUGAAGGGAAACCCUUCGAGACAACACAGCCUGUGAACUACGCUGUGGCAAACAUCAUCUCAUCUAUUGUGUACGGCAGCAGAUUUGAAUACACAGACCCUCAAUUCACAGAAAUGGUCGACAGGGCAACUGAAAGUGUUUGGAUUUUGGGAUCGGCUUCUAUGAUGAGAAUGAUCUCUGAUUAA